AUGCUAGUAGUGCUGGGUUCCGUCGUUUCGCCCGUGUAUGUCCGCGCAAAUGACAUUGGAAAGAAUCGGCGGCGGGCUGCCGUACCAACCUUCAGCGCCCAAUCCCCCUCCAUCCCUACCACUCCCCUUCCUCCCAAGCCCUGCCGAUUUACAUCCACGACUAUUCCCUGGAGCAGUAACAAGGAAUUUUCCCAGCCAUUUCAGGUUCCUCGGACAAAAUAUGAUGACGUGAAUGCAACGGUGCGGACGAAUGAAUUUGAUAUCGAAUUCGAAAGAUCUCAACAGCAGAAGGCGGUCCGAAAAUAUGCCAUCGACGUAUGCCCAAACCAGUACGCGUCCUCAGCGUUUGUGACCGAGCCAGCACAAAAUCAAACCGGGCCCAGUGAUGACCACAUAGCCCUGUCUCGUCAAACCUCCGUUGAACAGUCCAUCGUUCAGGAGCAGUCAGAUCGAUCGGUAUUGCCAUUAACAGAGACUUCCUGUUUUCCAGGUCCACCGCUCAAUCCACCCGGUGUAGAGGAGAGUUCUACAGGCGUGUCAGGGGUCGCAGCCAACCAUUUGGGGUUGCAUAACGACAGUACUCCUUUAGUCAACACACAGGUGAUUCCGCCAACGUCAAGCCCUCCUUGUACCUACGACCUUCGGUUGCCUUCGGCAAAUGCUCCGGAUAACUCACUCCACCCCUGUGACUCUUGGACUGGUAAUUAUCGUUCCAACAGAAUAGGUGCCGGGGACUCUGGAGGCGAGAUCACAUUUCACGAAGAUCAAGUGGAGAACCUUCAACAUGCAGCGACUACUGCUCAGAGUGUCCAACCUAACGAUCUACAUGUCCAAGUUACAGAAAAAGAGGAACCCUAUGAGAGUGGUCGCCCACAUGUCUCCUUCCCUUCCCAGCAGCCAACCCGCCCUGAGCGAUUACCGUCUGUAUCCGUGGUUAUACCCGUCCGUCGACCGGACAAAUUAACUACAACUACCACUCAAACCAAUAUCACCCGAAAGCCACGUCGUCUUCAAGGUGCUGACGACCACGGUGAUAAUAAUGAUGCGGCAGUGCAUGAGCUGUGCUAUGAUCGUCCUGUAUCGAGCAGCAGAUCUAACAAUGAGGUGGAAGGAAACCUGCGGAAGAAACACACCCCUUCGAGCUUGAUGGAUGACGCUGCUGGAGCAUGUCCGCAGUCGCCCCAGAAAUCACCGGAUAGUCGCUUUGCCGUCACUCCAACUGAAGCAAAAGAGGUUUUUGGUCGGGGUGUUCUCCGUAUUCAACCAUACGGUCCUCGGCAUGCGUAUUUUAUCACUUUCCUUCCGGAUGUCGUUCAACCCCCGUCGAAACCUUCGCCGUCGGAGUUGCCACUUGAGAAGCCAUCGCGCUCUGGUAACCGUAAUUCAAGGGAACAAUCACGGUUGCGACAGGUUGCAGGCAAAAAAAUCACAAGCGAGUUCCUUAUUCACCUGCAGAGAACCGGCUCUUGGUCGAGUUGA